AUGUUGAUGGCAGGCACAGCAGUUACAACAGUUGUUACUGAAGCUAUUUUGGGUCCCAUUGCAUUUGGUGGAGUAGUGGCAGCAUUAGGAUUUACUGAAGCAGCUGGUUUAGGUAUUUGGGCAGUUAUUGCUGCUGGUUCUGAAGGUGGUAUUUUUGGUGGGUUUAUUGCUAAAGCAAUACUAAAGAUAUUAUCAAAUCAUGAAGGAUUAACAGAAUUGGAUAAUUUUUCCUUUCUUAAAGGGUUUGACUUAGCUCAGCAAAUUUCCCAAAACAGAAUCAAAAAUUUUGAAUUUAAACCGACCGACGAAGAUUUCACUCGCGACAUUGACUCUUCGAAUGAUUUAAGAUGUGGUAAAUUAUGUCUUGAAGGACUUGAAGGAUCAAAUUUUUUAUAUAAACAUUUAAUCGAAACUUACGGAAAUGAUUGUGUAACUUCGGAACAGGGAUAUUACUUUUUAAAUUUGAAUAAUCUUUGUUUUUCAAAAAGAAUUAAUGGUGUUAUCCUCCUUUUUAACAUACAGUCUCAUCCCAUAAAGGACGGGCACUUUAGUGUUGCUGGAGCUAUUUUGGGCCCCAUUGCAAUUUGUUGGGUAGUAAAAGCGUUAGGAUUCGGUGAAGCUGGUAUAGCGGCUGGUUCUAUUGCAGCAUGGAUGGUUCGCAAUUCGGUCGGAAUUGGCCUUCCCAAUAAGAAAAAAAAAAACAAGGAAAAUUGA